AUGUUUUCCAUCUACCGAAUUGUUUCCAAAGACCCAGUCCCCAUCAACACAGAAGAAGUCGCACUUUCUGUCCGCCACAUUGCUCUAAGUGGAGACUCUACAACAUCACUUUUUAUAAAAACAGUUGACAGCGAGGGAAAGGAGGUUCGCGCAUUGGUUGCGACGCUCUCUCAAAAGCAGCCACAACAAACGAUGGACUUUAUGAUUGCUGGAAAGUCCGUCACAUUUUAUGUCGAGGGAAAAAGCAAAAUCCACAUGAUUUUAGUACCCGCUGAUGCGAACAUGGAGAAUUUUAAUGAAGAAGACGAGAAUACAUCUGACGAAGACGAAACUUUAAAGGAGAAUGACAAAAAACCCAUCAAAAAGCCUCAAGAGGAUAAAAAGCCAAAGAAGCUUACUCACAAAUCCAAACAAGACUAA